CUAAGUAUAAGGACGAUUGCUUUCUUCCAAACAAACAAAUGGAUGGAGACUUUAAUGAGCAAGACUCCUUAAACAACGGAGAAAGCAGUACAGAUGAAAAUGCGACAGAUGAUAAUGUACCAACAGAGAUGAGUAACAUAACAUUUUAUGAAACUUGUGAUUAUGAAAUAUCCGUGGAAAAUACAACGUUUGAUAACAGCCACCUCCCCGUGUCUGACAAUGUUCCUCAUGACCAGGACGCCCUUAAUAACGCUGCCCGUCUUGAAAGGUCCUUCAGUGGCAGUUCAAAUAGCAGUCAUGUAUCAGAACUGCCAGAUUGCGAUACUUGCAAGCUUUUAAGAGGCAUAUUUUCAUCUAGAGAAACAGUCGAUUUGUGGGACAAAGUUGUUCGUGGUGGAAAUCAAAAUAAAUGUCAUUCCAAGUUUUGGAUCAAAUUCAUUGAAAAAUUAAAGGAAGAAUUUCCACACGAAGACGGACUUAAAAGUAAACAGACCAUGUUCCUGUUCAAAACUCUUCUUGGUGUCAGCAACAGAGAUGAUGCAGAAGUUGAUCUUGCAGACUUACUGACCGUCGUUAGAUUCUUUGGUCCCAUAAAGCCUGACAGUGAUGGAAGAUAUCUUCUCAUUCAACACGUAUGA